CUUUGCAAUAAUUCUAAUCAAAACUUGCUUAUGAAAAGUUUUAAAAUGACGUAUGGCUCGUAUGAGAGAGUACGCGUAGUGUGUUCUUAUAAUUUAUUUUUAUUCAUAAAUUUAUAUUUACUUUUGCAUUACAUUCCCCGUUCGACUUUUUGGCAAAGCAAACCAUAAAAAACAGUAAACACGCAAAUCCUGCGAGCAUACUUUUAAAGUUUUAAGAUAUUUCCUGGAAUAAAAGUCAAAAUAUCGCAUACAAAAAUGGCAAAAGACGAAGAAGACGAUUUAUUACCAGACAAAGAUGCCGCUAAAGGUUUUUAUGCCAAAUAUGAACCCAAAGAAAUACUGGGAAGAGGUAUAAGUUCGACGGUACGGCGAUGUAUUGAAAAGGAGACGGGCAAGGAAUUUGCCGCUAAAAUUAUCGAUUUAGGCGCUGCCACAGAAACUGGUGAAACGAAUCCUUUACAUAUGUUGGAAGCAACAAGGCAAGAAAUUUCAAUACUUCGACAAGUCAUGGGCCAUCCGUAUAUAAUUGACCUGCAAGACGUUUUCGAAUCGGAUGCUUUUGUGUUUUUGGUGUUUGAACUUUGUCCAAAAGGCGAACUAUUCGAUUAUCUUACAUCGGUAGUUACCCUCUCGGAAAAGAAAACCCGAACUAUAAUGAGACAAAUUUUUGAAGGCGUCGAGUACAUACACUCAAAAAAUAUUGUGCAUAGAGACUUGAAACCUGAAAAUAUUUUAUUAGAUGGUAAUCAUAAUGUCAAAAUUACGGAUUUCGGGUUUGCUCGGCAGCUAAAAGAUGGGGAAAAAUUAACAGAUUUGUGUGGCACUCCUGGCUAUUUAGCUCCAGAAACAUUAAAAUGUAACAUGUUUGAGGGUUCGCCCGGCUAUAGCCAAGAAGUAGACAUCUGGGCUUGCGGUGUUAUUAUGUUUACUCUGCUGGUCGGUUGUCCACCCUUUUGGCAUCGAAAACAAAUGGUUAUGUUACGUAACAUUAUGGAGGGUAAAUACAGUUUCACGUCACCUGAGUGGGCCGAUAUUUCAGAGGAUCCCAAAGAUUUAAUACGUAAAUGCUUAGUCGUUGAUCCUAUCAAAAGAAUAACUGUACAGGAGGUAUUGCGUCAUCCUUUUUUUAAUCAAAUGGUUUUACUACCAGAACCGUCCAUUGAUGGCCGUACAACGACAUAUCAUUUAUGCGAACAAAAUAUUCGUACACUACGGGAAUAUUCAAAAUUUUAUGAAACGACGCAUGAAAAUUCUCAAUUAAUGGAGAAAUCUUCGUUAAAGCAAAUCAUGGAAACAACUAAACAUCUGCCUACCGAUACCGAUAUAAAUAUUGAAAGUCAGAGAACUACAUUUCAACAAUCUAAGGCUAAUGCGAUUAAGUGCGGUAUCGUAGAUUGUGAUAAUUUUCUUGUUCCUACCUAUCCAGCAACGUCGGCGCAUUUUAGAGCCACUCAGCAACAACACGAACAACAGCGGUUACAGAACAUAAGACAACAUCAACUUUAUCAACAUGAGGCACAACAGCGACAAACCACAAUACAUUUACACAAUUAUACGGCAAAUCUAAAACGUGGUCUUUUUUAUACUCAACAGCUACGAAAACAAAGUUGUUUUAAUGCACGAAAAAAAUUCCAAUUCGUUAUACUAGUGGUUAGGGCAGUAGUACGCAUAAAACGUUUACGUUACACUGCCGAGCCGUUGCAUGUCGAUGAAGCUAUACGUGAUCCCUACAGAAUUAAAGUAUUGCGUAAGGUUAUUGAUGGUUGCGCCUUUCGCGUUUAUGGUCAUUGGGUUAAAAAGGGUGAAGGACAAAAUCGUGCCGCCUUAUUUGAAAAUACUCCACGCACCGAACUGCAUGCUUUGUAUAUUAAUAAUUUAAGUCGAUAGUCAAAAUGUUUUGUAAAUUUCAAUUGCUUCGAUUUAGUAUAAAAUAUUAG